GCCUUGGGCUUGCUUUUUGGCGCCUGCAUUCACUCCGAAGGCUUUUCCUGAUUUGUAAGCAUCCUUGGUGGCAUACGCCAAAAGGCUUUGGAAAUCCACGGUGAUCCUUAGAAUAUGAUGGGAUUGUCCGAAAAGGAUUUCAGAUGCAUGCCAGGUUUCCACUGAUUGCCAGAAAUCAAGAUCACUACACAUGGAUCCCCAAAAUCAGCAUGGCAGUGGCAGUUCAUUAGUUGUGAUCCAGCAGCCUGCAUUGGACAACCGUCAGAGGCUAGACUAUGAGAGAGAGGUUCAGCCUGCUGCUAUUUUGUCCUUAGACCAGAUCAAGGCCAUCAGAGGCAGCAAUGAAUACACAGAAGGGCCAUCCGUGGUGAAAAGACCUGCUCCUCGAACCGCACCAAGACAAGAAAAGCAUGAGAGGACUCACGAAAUCAUACCAAUUAAUGUGAAUAAUAACUAUGAGCAUAGACCUACCAGCCACCUGGGACAUGCAGGACUCUCAAAUAACACCAGAGGCCCCAUACUGAGCAGAUCAACUAGCACUGGAAGCGCAGCCAGUUCUGGGAGCAACAGCAGUGCCUCUUCUGAGCAGGGGCUGUUAGGAAGGUCCCCGCCAGCCAGACCCAUCCCUGGUCACAGGUCUGAAAGGGCAAUCCGGACCCAGCCCAAGCAGCUGAUUGUGGAUGACUUAAAGGGCUCCUUGAAAGAGGACCUGACGCAGCACAAGUUCAUUUGUGAACAGUGUGGGAAGUGCAAGUGUGGGGAAUGCACAGCUCCCAGGACCCUGCCAUCCUGCUUGGCCUGUAACCGGCAGUGCCUUUGCUCCGCCGAGAGCAUGGUGGAGUAUGGAACCUGCAUGUGCUUGGUCAAGGGCAUCUUCUACCACUGCUCCAAUGACGAUGAAGGGGAUUCCUACUCGGAUAAUCCUUGCUCCUGUUCACAGUCACAGUGCUGCUCUAGGUACCUGUGUAUGGGAGCCAUGUCUCUGUUUUUACCUUGCUUACUUUGUUAUCCUCCAGCCAAGGGAUGCCUGAAGCUGUGCAGGGGGUGUUAUGACUGGAUCCAUCGCCCAGGGUGCAGAUGUAAGAACUCCAACACUGUCUAUUGUAAGCUGGAGAGCUGCCCCUCCCGGGGUCUGGGUAAACCGUCAUGAUUUUUGGAGGUGGGUUGGACCUCCUGAACUUCUCUUGCUUUCAAGCUGUGGCUGUUAAAAAAGAUGCUGUCAGAUACUGGUUUUAUUUUCUUUGCAGUUUUCCCCUGUUUCCCACCUUUCUCCCCUUCUUUCCAAGGUUUGACUCAUGGAUUGUACUCUUCUCUAAUGGAUGAUCUUCGGUAAGAGUGGACUGUGAAAUGCAUCUGGCUCCCCCUUAUGACAAGAGCCUCUGCCAUCCACUCAAGAGGGUAUUGAGAGCCAGUGGGCUUUUAUGUAGCCUUUUUGUUCUGCAAGCAACUUUCCAAAGUUGUACACGUGAACAUAUCCACACAAGUACACCCAGGCUACAGUGAUUUAGAGCUGUUUUUGAUUGGGUACUCUGGGAACAGGGAAAUUGGUGUUUAAAGAAGCAGCAGUUUAAUUGCUUAAAUAAGCUAUAUAUUAAAUCUGUCUCCAAUUAGGGCUAUCUUCAUAGCAUUAGACACUUAGUAGCAUGGGAGAUCUGUUUUUGUUACAACGUUAAGUUAAAAUUCUCCUUUAACCACUGCCCUCUCCUUGCUCCUCAACAUUCUAUCCCCUCAGUUUUGGUGUAUCUUAUUUUAGAGAUGCCAGGGUUUGUUUGUUUGUUUGUUUGUUUCUGUGUAAUUUUAGGUCUGCUUUACAAUGUAAGUCUUCACAUUGGAGAUAUAUUGGUUGUAUCUUGCUCAUCCUUAUUCAAGCUUUCAUAUUUGUGAAGGACUCGACUCCCUCCCUUCCGAACUCCUUGCUUUUCACCAAAUUACUCUUGUCAUUGAGGGCACUUGGAUAACUGAAGUUGAUAUUUAUAUCUGAUCAAUCUAUAGAUGUCACAGAACUAUGCUGCCUGAAGUGAUCUUGGCUCCUUAAUGGUUUUUGGCCACUUGGUUAGUUAACAGCUGGGUAGUUCUAAUCUUUUCUGUUUCAUUGCCUUAACCACAAAUUGUGGUGCUUUUUGUAUAUUUUAUGUAUAAAUCACAAAGUUGAAUUCUGACUAUUUUUAAGACAAAAGUCUGUUAAACUUUUUUAUUGUAAAGAAUAUUUAUUAUGCGAAUCUCUAUUAUUUUAUGAUAUUUAUUGCAAAAGACUGUUGAAAUGUACUCAUGUCUGAAUAUAACAAAAUAUCAAUACAUAACGGAAAAUAAGGUGACACGAAGAAAGUACAUAUGUUAACUAUAAUGCAGAAAAUAUAUUAAUUAAUGAAA